AUGACAGAUUGCAAGGACACGAAACUAGUGCUCGUUCACGAAGCCUCUACUCACCUCCUGUCGACCAGCCCCCAUUGCCACGGUGAAUUCCUCUUCGGCGAAGUGGCGAAUGCGACCGUCGUCGAAGCUUUCCUCCUCUGUUCCGGUGCCGAAUACGAGACAGAGAAAACCCGGACCGGAGGUUUGACGACGCGGUUAUUCGAUGGCGUCACCUUCAACGUCGACAUCCCACAAUACUGCAUCGACGAGAGAAGAAACAGCAAUGGAACACUGGAGGCAAUCACCUGGGUUUGCCCUCCGAGAGGAGGGGAGAUCGCGCGUGCUGCCUUGAUACUCGCCCUCCUAUCGUCCGUGUUCGUCACCUUCCUCCUCAUCCCACUAUCCCCACAGAGGAAGAGGCUUCCCGGGAAGAUCCGCCUCAUCAAUGUCGGCUGUCUACUGUUUACCACCUUUUCUGGUUGUGUCACCUUCGACGCCUUUUACUUCGGCGUCUCCUAUCCCCUCUGUCUGGCGGCCGGUGUCCAGUUAGGCAGUAUCUACUGGGGCCCGACCGCGUUCUUCUGGCUUAACGUCAUGAGAUUCGAACUUUGGUGGAACCUCAGCAAGAGAUGCGUUCUUCAGACACCCCCCUGCUAUGCCUACAACUAUCGUGAAUCCGAUGGUUCAUGCCAGCUGGUUCUCAAUGGGAAGAGUGACCUUGUGGAAGACAACGGAUUUACAUCCUACGUUCAGAGACUGUGUCUGACGGAGUAUCCAAAGAUCCAAAAGGCCUCUGUAUCCUUUGAGGAUUGGAGCGGAGAAUACCCAGCUCCACCUAGUGGAAGGGUGGUUCUCCGUUGUCUAAAUUCCGUAUUCUCCGAUGGUUCUCAACUCCACACGGCUGAAUGCUCUUCUGCAUUAUCUGAUUCUUGGUGCAGCUCCUUCAAGGAAGAGACUAUUACCUGA